AUGUGGCGAUCACGACGAGCACAGGGGGUCGGCAGCGGGGAGGGUGUCCACCACUUGAUCAGCGCUGUAAGUCGCCGGUGCACUCGCUUGCUGCCUGCAUGCUGCUUUGUCGCAGCUGACACAGUCUGCCGCUGCUGUAGCUACUCGACUAACUUCUUUCAGAGCAACCGUACUGAGCCAAAGAGGCCUUUUCAUUUUGUGGAGACCCCUCCGGUAGAGCGGGAUCAGCGGUCAGGCGCCCUCCCUCGGCCCUCUUCAAUUUCAGCGCCGGAGGUGAACGCGGGUAUAAUAGCGGAGUGGGUGCCGGACGUCUUGGGCUACCAUAUGCCGCUUGGUUUGCGAGAGCGAUCGGAACCUGCGCCGAGGUCCAGUCUAGCCGAAGCAGCUGACUUGAAGGCCCUCACCGAUGCUGAGACCCGCGGUACAGAACAUCAAGAGCUUCAGAAGGUGUCGAGCACCACCAGGGACACGUGCGAGAGCAGCCAAGUCGGAGGCGGCGGCGGCGGCCAUCGCGAUGGUCACUCCGGAGGUCCCUCGUUCUGCGGCCCUUUGCCCAACUUCGCCACGUCACCGGUAUUCGAAUGGAAGGGGUAUCUGUGGCAGUGGCGUCCUGUGAAAGUCACGCCCGUAGCAGGCGCGGGGCACCCGAAGACUUCCACCGCCUCCGCACCAUUGUGUCAUUGGGAGAGAAGCCCUUCACAGGACAAGACGCUCUGUAGUACUGGUAAGGAAAAUGACCUCGCUGAAGGAGUGUUGGGCGAAAGCCCGCAAGACUAUUAUCUUGUUCCAUUUUUGCUCUGUCCAACGCUCGAGGUGCGAGCUAUGCAGCCCCUCAUGCAUGAUAGCCUGCGAAGGGAACUUGCAGCAGCCCAAAGUGCUUGCCAUCAUCAGCGCCGACGUUGCUCAGAGGGCGCAAAGCAGUACCGUAGUGGCACUCGCUGCUGCUCAACAUACCCUGAGUGCAAGCCUCAGCUAUGGUCGAUCCGCAUGCCUACCCCUGUUGGUGAGCUCGCUAUUGUCUCCUCAAAGAACUCUGAGAGUGAUGCUGUGAUCAAGCAGAGCACCAAGUUCGAGCUGCCGACCUUCUCAAUGAUUGAAGGUGAACCCCCGAUGAGGGUAGGAGAGCGCACCAGAGCUUGGUUUGACCCUGAAACAACUCACCCAACACCGCCGGAAGCAGAGACGUGGGAAGCCGCCACGGCAACCGUGCGGGAUGCGCAAGGCGCCUCAACAGAGAGUGACACGGUCCCUUACGUGCAUGUCUUCUGCUCUGAGAUGAGCACUGCGGGCUGCGACUCCCCUUUGUUGCAGAGAGGCAACAAGGUACUAGCAUCGCCCACACCUUCCCCACGCGACUUGUCGCGUCCGACGCUGCCCAUCGUGCGUCGCAACGUUGUGGGUGGAGGACUUGCGGAGCUCUUCCUUGCCGUGGACCGUUACGCUGCCUUGAUUGCGCGUGGUGACUUGACGCUGUCUGCCGCCUGCUGGGCCACGCUCUGUGACACGAAGAGCUGUUGGGUCGUGCAGCGCCUGCGCGUAUGCCCGCUAGAGAUGGAGCGUGAGCUGGUCGCAGCCACGGAGGCACACAAGCGCUGGCAGCAAUACGCCAUUUCACGCAACCGCACUUUAGUGGGGAAAAGCAGCCACGGCAUUUGCUUUUACGACUAUCCUUCCUUGGCGAAGUGGCCACGUAGCUGA